AUGCGCACUCUUCCACUGUGGUUCGACCUCUGCAGUCGGUAAGUGUGUAAUGGCAGUUUGAAUGAGACGCCUAUCCUGAGAAAUCCCUUUUCAUCCUCUCUUUUUACUUCACAUUGUUGCGCACAAGUGAGGAUAGCAUGCAGAAUGAAUGUGAAUGUACAUAUGACUGCCUGUAUUUUCUCUGUGGAGCAAUUAUACACCCGUUUGACCUUAAUUCUCUCCGUUCUAACUUCCUCACAGAGAUCCGGGCUUCAACCAGAUUUGACCGAACCGGUUAAAACUACCAAAAGCAGAAAAUGUACGCCUGUGCAAAGUUCGUCUCCACGCCGGCUCUGGUGAGUGUGUUUUAUUGGUGUGUUUUUGUGCUGUUAGUUUUCGUCCAGCUAUCCAAGUGAGACCUAUAGAUCCUGUGGGCCUCCGAUUGAACUUGACUGCAGCUGACUGGCAAGGGUAUCUGCAUUUGGGGCUAACCGGCUAACGAGCUAAUGCUAAAUGCAAAAUGACAGACCUUUAAAGCAGCUGCAUUGUAAAAUAUUGCAUGUUUGUGUCGUGCAUGUUACCUGUCUUCAAGAAAUUGCACCCUUCCCUUAUGCUGUAGCUCCUAGCAGACAUUUUUGAUUAUGGCGGUUAUCUAAGGUCAUUUCGAGUCUGAAUCAGACGAAUUUCACAUGAAAACCGUGACACACCACUGCACCAAUCCUGCACCACAUUCAGGUUUAUUCAGUUUUUAACUGUGUACUCUGAUAUAGAUGUUCAUAUGAGUUUUUAUACACUCUCCAAGGUCAUAUUUCCUUUUCUAAUUUCCCUGUAAGGCCAACUACUCGAAGCUGAAAUCAGGCUGUUUGUUCUUAAUGUUGCAAACAAUGUUUUCUGUGGUUUUCCACCAUGACAGGCUGACAAAAGCUUUAGGCAGCCAUGGAUGACUUUGACAGCACAGGCUGUACUUGCAGAGCAUUAAAGGCCACAGGUCAUCUGGAGUUUGCACUGCAGUGAAUAACACUGACAACAAAGUGACACUCAAGGUGCCUUACAGUUGCUCAUUUGUCUGCAAAGAAGGGAGAAUUACUCGUAAGUCUGUCAGUGUUUUGUGACUGAAAUUGGGCUUUUUGUGUUUUUGUGCUGUUGCUGCAGGUCCGUGCUGGUUCCCGGGCUCUUUACAGACCCCUGUCUGCCUCUGUGCUGUCCAGGCCUGAGCUGAAAACAGAGGUAAGGUAACAUGAAGGCUGAUAAUGGGAUUUUAUCUGCUGAUCUCAUUUAUUUGCUGCAAGUUUUCACUAAUAGGCUCAUGUCUUUUACAGUGUAGAUUAUGAUAUCCUGGUAUUGCAGUAGUCUGACCAUCAGCUAAGACAUAAAAGCACAUUGCAACCCAAAUAUGUGUUGUCAAAUUUUAUUGUCCAGCUAUUUUGUUUCAGAGUUUUGAAUUUUCAGUUUAAAUAAAGUAAAGCAAAAAAAAAAGGUGUGAAUUUAAAAGCGUAUUUCUAUUUCUAACAAAACCAUGAAAAUAAAGCUUUCAUCUAUUUUCCAUUUGUGAUUAUACUCCUUUUUAUAAUGUCCGCAGUAGCUGCUUACUGCAGUUUCACAUAAGGGUUUCAACAGUGAUAGUUUUUGUCUCUUCUGGCUCCAGAGCAGUGUCGCUGUGAUGCCACAGAGCCCUCUCACCCAGGUCGCACUGAGGGGUUUCCAGACCAGUGCUGUGAGCAGGGAUAUUGACACCGCCGCCAAGUUCAUUGGUGCUGGAGCUGCUACAGUUGGAGUAGCUGGAUCCGGAGCUGGUAUUGGGACAGUGUUUGGCAGUCUCAUCAUUGGAUAUGCUAGGUUUGUUUUCAGAGACAUGAAGACUGGAAAUAUUGAAAAUCUCAUGGAUUAGUAUAUUCCUGGUGUGUUUUGUAUGAUUAUUGACUGUCUGUUUUUUGUUCUCAGGAACCCAUCUCUGAAGCAGCAGCUGUUCUCAUAUGCUAUCCUGGGAUUUGCCCUGUCUGAAGCCAUGGGACUGUUCUGUCUGAUGGUUGCUUUCCUUAUCCUGUUUGCUAUGUAAAACUCUGCUGUCAAACAACACUUUCAUUACAGAUGUGACUACAUAUUUUAUUGUGGCUACCAAAAUUGUUCCGUGUUGGUGUCAUGGAAAUGUACAUUUUCAAGUCCUUCAGACACUGUCGAAAAAAGCAAAACAUGUAUUGUACAAAUGUAAGAAAUUACGUAAUUAAAAUACAUGUAUUUGACUAUUUAACAAUGGCGGGAACUCUUAUGUCUGGGGUACCAUGCUAACACAAAAGAAAGCAGUCAGUUUUCAUGAAUGUCAUCUUUCCUGUGAAGCAGCUGCUACUACCUGCCAUGAAUCAGCCUUGCUUUCUCAGAGCAUCACAUGCAAGCUUUUUGGGGUCCACCUGUAGGAGUUAUUGGUUCGACUGCAGUUAAAUAGUACUGUAAUUAGGCAGCAAGUGAGUGCUUGCUUUUGUAAAUGGCAUUGAAUAAAUAUAGACAAUUUAAUUGAGUUACAUAUUGGG